AUGUCUCGCAAGAGACUCAGUACGGCUCAAUUACAACAUUAUCUCUGCCCAAUACUCCGGACAAAUACGUCGAAGCGCCUUUUCAACACCCUUCCAUCGCGACGGCCCCGAUGUCCUUCGCUGGUUCCGCUACAUACGAUAGCGCGAUGUCUCCAGGAACGCAACAGCACCACUUCUGCCAGACACUCGGAUGAGAGAAUCGAUCAAGAUAAAGACGCCAGUGGGGGACUUGUUAACGAACCGGCAAAGUAUCAUGGGGAAAACAAGACGAAAAAUGGUGGAAAACAUGCAUACCGGGGCGUACGAGUUGGAAGAAGACCGCCUCCAAAUGCGCCAGACAGCAUGAAAGUUCUUCCAACGAACGAGGUAGAGGACAAGCUUACCAAAAUAGCCGAGGUUACCGCGAAACUGCAGAAUGCGAUGCAGCCAUUAUAUGUCUUGUUACGGGAUCGUGGAAUCAAACCAGAUGUUCGACAUUAUAAGGCGAUUAUACAUUCAAAUUCGGACCCUGAGCAUGGAUCAUCAAUUACGGUGCGGAGCUUACUUGCGGAGAUGGAAGAGCACAAUGUUCCGCUUGAUGCUAGCCCACUACGCGCAGCGCUGCUGGCACUCGCUGUUCAUCCCGACUUCAUCCUGCGGCAGGACGUGCUACGGAUGCUGCGGAGCCGAUGGAUUACCCUUAGCGAGGAUGAUUGGCAUCACGUUGUGGCGGGCUUGAUUAGGGAGCACCAAUUCGAGCUAGCCCUGGACCAUCUCGCGCACAUGGGGAGGAAACACAUCGUCGUCAAAGACUGGCUACACAGUCUUUUGGUAUACAAUCUCCUUGAAUUCAACGAGUUCGAUCUGGUUCGUGAGCUGAUGGAGGCUCGUCUGAACCAAGGGCACGGUAUGAAGACAGAGUUUUGGAAUAACGUCCUUCACGCAGCAAGCAGAGCUCGCCAUCAUGGCUUAACAUCCUUUAUCUGGUGGAAGAUUGUGGAACUGAAGAAUUCUCACCCGGAACGCAUCGUUUGUGAGAGGGUUCUUGAGGUUGCAGCGCGCAAUAAGGAUACGCGGCUCCAGGCCGCUGUAGAGGCAAUACUAAGGCACAAUGGCGCGAAGCCUCGAUAUAAAGAUUAUCUGGGCUUGACGAGAGGGCACCUUGAAGACGGUGAUCUGUUUGCCGCACUUGACGUAUGCAUCGGGAUUGACCGACAUGUGCGAAUGAGGUGUUAUCGUUACAUCCGUGCCUAUUGCUUGACGCAUGAGGUACAUCCAUUGAAGAUUUGGAAUCGUCUCAAAGACUUGAAGGAGUUAGGACACACAAUACCAUCUGAAUCUGCUAUGCUCGUUGUUGAUCUGUGUGAGAAGGCCGCGGCCAGGGACCCGUUCAUUGUUGAUGACGGAGUCAGGAUUUACAAGGAGCUUUACGCACUUUGCGGCAAAAAUCCCUCAUUGGGAGUCUUCAACUCCUUGCUUGGCAUGAGCCGAACCGGCCGCAAUGCCCAGGCAGCCGCAUUCUUUGUGAAGGAGAUGGCAAAACUGGGUGUGGCCCCGACCGGAGAGACGUUUGAGCACCUGAUCUUUCUCUGUGUGAAGACCGGCAACUUUCAAUCCGCCUAUCUCUACGCCAAUGAUCUAUCCAAACGCGGGUUCAAGGUAAGAAACCAAACACGCAAGGAUAUGAUCCGUCUAUGUGAGGAAUCAAAGAACCGCGAUGAGUGGGCUGCUAAGAUGUGUGAGGAGAACAAGCGUCAGUUCUAUAGCCUAACAGAUAAACAAAGGGAGAAGCACAAGAGGGACAGGGAUAAAUACAAGGCAAGAAGAAGGGAGAAGAGAAGAGCACAGAGCAUUGCGGAGGCGAAAGAAGAGGAGGGCUGGGAAGACUACGAGCCCAGUCUCACUACCCCAGAGGAUCUGGAGGCCAAGUCUGAGAAGCUCAAUACGGCCACUGCGGAGGCCAAGGAUGGCAGUGAGACUGAGAGGCAGUCAUGA